CUCAGCAGUAAUGGUAACUUGGCUGCACAGGACGGCAGCUCGAUGCCGCGUAGCCGCCGUCAAACACGACUUCUGAGCAGUUUCCUAGGAACAGAUUUGUUUAUGUAUAUUUUUUAAUUUUUCUUUCUUCCUUUUUUUUUUUUUUAACUGUUUGUAAAAGAGUACCUGCGGUGCAGUGGAUAUUCAUCGGCGGCUUUAACCUGUUGCUUCGCUUCUGCUGCUGAACGUUCCAAGAUGUUGCUUUGUGGAUGGGAUGGCGUCUGGUCCCGUUCGUGUGCUCACUCAUAGCAACCUCGCCGGAGCAUCCACAUUUACCCUGAAACUCGCUCUCUAGCUUCUCCUCGUCCGGGAAGAUGCAUGUGUCUCUGGCAGAAGCCCUGGAGGUUCGAGGAGGUCCGCUCCAGGAGGAAGAGGUCUGGGCAGUGCUCAGCCAGAGUGUGGAGAGCCUCCAGGAACUCUUCCACAAAGACCCUGCAGCCAUGGGCUUCAUCAUCUCUCCUUGGUCCCUCCUGCUCAUGCCCUCUGGCAACAUCUCAUUCAUGGACGAGUAUGUCACCCAGCAGGACUUAAGAGCGUUUACAGCUCCAGAGGUCCUGGAGGGGGUUUCCUUGUCUUCAGUCUCUGACAUAGAGAAGAUGCACAUGUACUCUCUGGGGAUGACCCUGUUCUGGGGAGCAGAUUAUGAGAUCCCCCAAAGUCAGCCGAUGAAGUUGGGGGAACAUCUAAACAGCCUACUUCUCAACAUGUGUGAUGAUGUGACCAUAAGUCGAAUGUCGAUGCGCACGGUGCUGGACAUCUGCAGCAAACACAUCCGAAAUUCCAGCUGUGACCCCCCCUUCUCCUAUGUCAGGAAACUGGUUCGCUUGGUACUUGGCAGCCUUUCUCAGCUGGACGGUCUGCUGACUGAUAGAGAGUCUCUACCUGAGAGGAGUAAGGAGAUUCGAGAGAGACUGAGGGGCAAAGGCUUACCUUCAGGUAGGAGUGCCGCCCCUAGGGUUCUGGAGCGUUAUCGAGCCAGGACUCAGGAGCUGACGUCUCUUAACCGGGGCCUCAGUCGUUCCAUGGGCUCCCUGCCAAUCCAGGGCCUGCUGAAGGGGGAUGAGGCGGCAGCUCUACAGUAUAACCUGUCUGACUAUCAUCAACACAACUCUGAGUCUCCCACAGAACUUUACUCCAAAGCCCCCUCUCUUCAUCACCAGCAAUCCUAUCCCUACCUGCAGCCUGUUCAACCACACAAAAUAUACCGGCCAGUGGAACUGGACCGGAGGUCUCUACCCUUCCACAGCAGGGACCCUGGCCCUGCUCAAGCCAAGAAGACAUGGGCUUCCUCUGUGGACUUGGCUUGCAUUGACCCAGAGGCUCUUCGUUUUGGGGCAUUGGAAGAUGCCCGGAGGGGCAGCAGUGCCUUAAGUACCCGCUCUGUAGGCAGAGAGAAGGAGUCUUUCUACCCUGAGUUUUCUGGGCUCAAGACCAGGAAGCCUCACCACCACUCAGCCCUGUCCGUAGGCUCAGGCCUUCCUGGUGCUUAUGACAGGAUCAAAGAGAGACAGAGAAAACUUGAGGCACUUAGACAAGCAGUAGAUGACCCAGUCCUCACUCACAAGAGGUACCACAGUGAUUACAGUUCUUCUAGUGAAAGCCCCUCGGUCACCUCCUCAGAUCCAGACUACAGACAAGCUAAGAAACCAACUGAGGUGAGGAGGUUCAGCUCACAGCUGGCACUUUCCCCUGACCACGAUGGCCUGUCUCUGACGGGUCACAACGCGCACAGACACAGGCAGUAUGAAGGCGCUGAUGAAGGUCUGGUUGGAGCUGAGCUGCUCCUCCAGAAGCAAGAAGAGGAGGUGCAGCGGCUCCAGGCUCACCUGGCCAGCAGGCUGUCCAGGGCCAACCUCUACUCUACAGACGACCCCCUGCCUCCAUCACGCACCUCUAUACUGGACCCUCCAGACCCCCUCUAUAACUCAUCUGUGCCACUCCGAAAACCCAAGAACUACCACGGGCCUGAGUUUGUGAAGAUGGCCAGUGAGCCCUGCGUUGCCUUAACUGUCCCCUCUUCAUUUAUGAAACGCGGAAAGGCAGAGGAAGUGCAGAGAAAGGUGGGCGUCGUGCUGUUGAACGGCCAAAAGCUGGAGCUGAGUUGUGACAUCAAGGCCAUUUGUAAAGACGUUCUGGAUAUGGUGGUUGCCCACAUCGGGCUUGUGGAGCACCAUCUCUUUGGCCUUGCAUACCUCAGAGAAAAUGAGUUUUUCUUCGUCGAUCCUGAUGCCAAACUUUCCAAAGUGGCCCCAGACGGGUGGAAAGAGGAUCCCAAGAAGAGAAAAUCGGACGUGCCUUUUAACCUUUUCUUGCGCAUCAAAUUCUUCCUCGAUGAUGUCAGCCUCAUACAACACGCUAUGACCAAACAUCAGUACUACCUACAGCUGAGGAAGGAUGUCUUGGAGGAGAGGUUGCGCUGUGACACGGAAAGUUCCAUGUUACUCGCUUCACUGGCACUGAUGGCUGAAUUCAGUGAUUACCAACCCGAGCUCCAUGGAAAGACCUAUUUCAGGCUGGAGCAUUACCUGCCGGCAUCCAUCCUGGAUAAAGUGGACCACACGACCCUCAAGGAGGAGCUGCCCAAACUUCACAGCAACUACUAUGGAGCAUCUGAGGCAGAGGCGGAGUUUGAAUUCCUCAAGUUGAGCCAGAAGCUGACGGAGUACGGAGUCCAUUUCCAUCGGGUGCUCCCAGAGAGGAGGUCUCAGACGGGAAUUAUGCUGGGUGUCUACUCCAAAGCGGUGGUCAUUUUUGAAGUCCUAAAUGGAAAUCGUACCCCUGUGCUUAGGUUUCCCUGGCGGGAGACUAAAAAGAUUUCAUUUACAAAAAAGAAGAUUUGCCUGCAGAACACAUCGGAUGGGAUUAAGCACAUAUUUCAGACGGACAGCAUGAAGACGUGUCAGUAUUUGCAGCAGCUCUGCUCUGAUCAGCACAAAUUCUACCUGCAGAUGAAGGCGCGUCAAAGCAACCAGGAGCUGCAGGACCUAGAGAACUGCCCUCUGAACCUUCUACAAUAUCGGAGUGGAGAAUCGGUGGGAAGGACGGUGAGCUCCGACAGCUUAUCGACACGCUCUAACCCGGACCACCUUAAGAGGAUCUCAUACUCGGAGGCGGCCCUCAACAAGGCACCGGCCGGCCCAAUAUUAGUCCAAGAUGAGCUGCACUUUCCAGGUUACAAUCCAGUGGCCUCCACAGUCCUUUCCAACCCGCGAAUAAUGAGCCACUCCCACCACAACCUUGGACAGACGCCGGAGUCUCCAGAGCACCAGGUGGCAAAGUCGUAUCAUGGCCAGUCGCACAGUGGACUGAGUCAACCACAGUCUAACCAAGUGGCCUCUGACUUCCAGCAGCACCACAGAGUCAACUCAGAAACAGGCUCUCUGACACACCACCCAGACAAGUCAUACAGCGCAGCGUUGCACAAUAGCCAGGCCUGGAGCCACAGCAAGUCCAAAAAAGACUCCGACUCCUCUUCCAUAGAGGAUAAUGGCCAAGCUUAUGUAGUAGGGGUCAGUAUGCACAGCUCCUCUGGACCACCUUCCACCCCAGCCUCUUUUGAUGAAUCACUCAUGAAAAAACUAAAUGCUUUACCAUAUCCAGAGAGAGACAUCACGACUGUAAACCUAAAGAAAGAUGCUAAGUACGGUCUAGGUUUCCAGGUUGUAGGAGGAGAGAACUCCGGUCAUAUGGAUCUUGGUACCAUCAUUAGCUCCAUCACUCCUGGAGGUCCUGCUGACAUCAAUGGUAGUCUCAAACCUGGCGACCGGCUGAUCGCUGUGAACGAAGUAAACCUAGAAGGACUCUCUCAUGCUUCCACACUUGAUCGUCUUCAAAAUGCUCCCGAUGAAGUUACUCUGGUGGUGUCACAGCCCAAAGAGAGGCUCUACAAAGAUUCUUCUUCUGGCUAUGUCUCCUCCCAGGCCAAGUCUGCAUUGAAAGCACUUACUUCUGGCCAGAAAGGAGAACUAGACAUUGAUACCUCAUCAGAGGAGCACACAGGAACAUUAAGCCCUACCCCUCCUCUGCACAGAAGUGCCACACCACCAGUGGCAUCGUCCACAGUCCACCAGCACCCGAGCCUCAGCUCUCGGGACUCCAGGACAAGCAGUUUUGCGAAAAUCAGCCAGCUCCCUGUUAAUGGAGUUCAACAGUUGCUUGAACGAGCUACAGCUCCUGCCACAUCUUCAUCCACUGCCCAACAACAUAGACCAGAAUCUAACGUGGCUUCGGAUCCUUUGCCACCAGCUCUGCCACCUAAAACUAGAAAAGCUAAAGUGUCAGAAGCUCCCAAAGUCUCCGAACAUUCUGACUGGGGGGAUUCUGACAUGGACGAGGAGACCUAUUCCAGUAGCCAAGAGAAACUCAAAGGCAAAAAGGAAAACAUCAUGGAAAAUGUAAAUGGUAAUGCCCCAGGGGUCAAUAGUCUCCAUCCAGGAGAUCUAUUUGACGUUGAGCUGUCGAAAAAAGACAGCAGCCUGGGCAUAAGUGUCACGGUACUGUUUGAAAAGGGCGGAGUCAACACUACGGUUCGACAUGGAGGCAUCUACAUCAAAGCGGUCAUUCCUAAAGGUGCAGCUGAGCUGGAUGGAAGGAUACAGAAAGGUGACCGCGUGGUGGCUGUAAAUGGCAAAAGCCUGGAGGGAGCCACUCAUCAGCAAGCAGUAGAGGCUCUCCGAGACACUGGGCAGACGGUGCACUUGUUGCUGGAGAAGGGUCAUCCGCCUGCAGACCACGUCCAUGCUCCCGUCACACCUCUGUGCACUCGAACGAGUGUUGGCAGCAGCCGAGAGCAAAACAAGAGCAAAGAACAACCACACGAGGUCAAAGAAAAACCAGAGUAUAGCUUCAUCACGCAAGAUAACGUGUUCGAGGUGUGUCUGCUGAAGAACACGUCAGGGCUGGGCUUCAGUUUUAGUCGAGAGGAGAACAGCCCCGACGAACCUCACGGCUCCAGCAUGGUGCGCGUUAAGAAGCUGUUUCCUGGUCAGCCUGCUGCCGAGAGCGGUCGGAUCAACGUGGGUGACAUCAUCCUGCGGGUCAAUCAAACGCCCCUCAAAGGACUCUCGCAACAUGAGGUGAUUUCAGCUUUGCGAGGAACUGGUCAGGAGGUGACUUUGCGCCUCUGUAGACCUGAACCUGGUAUUCUUCCUGAGAUGGACACCUCCACUUUGACACCCAGGCCAUCACCCAGAAAGGAGGUGAUAACCCAGACGGAGGCCAGCGCGAGCAUCGUCAGGACAACCUCUCCCUUAGCUCCACAGGCUAAGACUAAUAAGGGCCUGGUGGAGGACGCACUGGAGAGGCUGCUGCACAAAACCCCCAGCCGCCGCAACAGCUACAGUGACAGCACAGAUGGCGAUGAGGAGGUGGAGGAAGCCUUCAGCCCAAACACCCUGGAGCACAGCAGGCAGACUUGGGAGCGGAGUGUCUACCACACUCCCGGCAGCAACCAGGGACUGGGACGUUACGACAGCACAGGUCAACUGGACGACACCAUCCACUCGGCCUUCUACUCCCCGAACCUGCAAAUGACAAGAUCAGACUGCAGCGAGAGGCAUCGUUCAUCCCGACUGCCCGCCGAUAUUGAGGCACCCACACUCCCUAUGGCACCCCCCAUCUCUGCCCCAAGCCCAGAUCCACUGCCUCCUCCGCAACUUCCUCUGCCCCUAAACCUCUCCAUGCCCGGCAAUGGACUGGACAUGGAGGAGUUUGUACCGGAAGCUGAGCUAAAAGUCUCCCUGAUGAAGUCAGAGAAGGGCAGUUUAGGCUUCACGCUUACCAAAGGUAAUGAUCAUGGGUGUUACAUCCAUGACAUUGUCCAGGACCCAGCCAAAGGAGAUGGAAGACUCAGGCCCGGGGACAGAAUGAUCAUGGUGAACAACACAGACGUGAGCAGUAUGGGUCACACCGAAGUGGUCAACCUUGUGCGUGGUGCUCCUCGGGUAGUUGACCUGAUGGUGGGGAGGGUUCUGGAAGCUCCUAAGCCUCCCAUUGAAGCCCACUUGUUGCCAGACAUUAGUUUCAAGGGCAACCAGGAAGCACUGGGUUUGGUACUGGAUGGAGGGAGUGACAGUGUGUAUGACGUUCUGUUUGUGAAAGACGUCCUGCCAGGGUCUCUGGCCUUUAAAGAAGGCAGCCUGAAACCACUCGAUCUAAUCCACUACAUCAACGGUGCUCCCACGCAGGAGCUGACUCUGAGCGAGAACAGGAGGCUGUUGGAGCUCUCCCUCAACAACCUCACGCUCAAAGCCACAAGGGAUGGAAAGCCUGUUUUUCCCACACAGAAAAGUGUCUCUUUUCUCAACAACAACAUCAGCCCUAAACUUUCAUCCAGGAUGAAUGGGUUUCUUAAAGCAGAAGAUGCCGAGAGUCUCACAUCACUUUGUCCCUUAGAUGAGGAAAUCUUAGAGCUGGAUCUCGGAAAGCCGCAGUCUGGAGGUCUGGGAUUCUCUGUGAUUGGAGGAGAAAGAGGCAUUUUUGUCAAAUCCAUCACACCAGGAGGAAUAGCAGAGUCCUCGGGCCAGCUGCAAGUGGGAGACAGGCUGCUGAAGGUGAAUGAAGAGCUGAUGACAGGUGUGACCCACAGCAAAGCUGUCACCACUAUCCGCAAAGCUAAAGGCUUGGUGCAUCUAGUAGUGUCCAGACCGCCGGACCAAAACCCAAACACAUACCUCGCUUAUCUUCCCAUCAACUCCGACCAGUGCAAUGAAAAUACAGAUCUGAGUGAGGACAGUGGCGUGAAGACUAAACUGUGUACUCCCCAUGACGAGCUGAAAUCCGGCAGCUUUCCUCCCAUACCUCCAAUAGACUACGACGAUGGGCCAUUGGAGCAGAGAGGCGAGACGGAGAAAGACGAAGAAUUUUCCGAGGAUACCGACUGUGAUGGUUCUUCUCUGCCUGAAGAUUCUCCUGAGAGCUCCCGAAAAGUGGAAUGGCAAGAGGAGAGUGUUGACGAUCCAAGAAAUGAGAACUAUCUGCAAAUGAGUGCGGGGCAGCCAGAGGAAGAUGAAAUCACAUGGGGAAGUGAUGAGCUGCCAAUUGAGAACAUGAAUUCCAGGUCAAGAGAUGAUGGGCCAAUCAUCACGGAGGACGAGCUGACCUCUUUGCCCCUUGUCAAAGUGGUCCCUGAUGGUCAGUUCACUGGACCAAAGCUCAACACCGUGGUCCGCAUGAUGAGGGGGCUUCUGGAGCAGAAAGUGCCGCUGCAGGAGUUUGAAAAUCUACAAAAUCUCCAGCCACUGGACGACUGUUUAAUCGGUCAGACAAAGGAGAACAAGAAGAAGAAUCGCUACAAGAAUAUCGUUCCCUUUGACACCACUCGAGUUGUUCUGGGCAAAGACGGAGGCUACAUCAACGCCAACUUCAUCAACAUGCCCGUGAAGGAUGAGAACUUCAUGUACAUCGCCUGCCAGGGACCUUUACCCACCACUCUGGGUGACUUUUGGCAAAUGGUUUGGGAGCAGAAGUCCAACGUUAUCGCCAUGAUGACGCAAGAGGUCGAGGGUGGCAAAGUGAAAUGUCAGCGGUACUGGCCCGACACGCCGAAGACGGCAGAGAUGGUGGACGACCGGUUACAGAUCACACUCAUCAAGGACCAAUAUCUGGACAACUUUGUCAUCCGACUCAUCGAGGUCAAAGAUGUCCUGACCGAUGAAAUCCAGCACGUAACUCAUUUGAACUACACGGGAUGGCCCGACCACGGUACGCCCUCACAACCUGAGCAGCUGCUAACGUUCAUCUCCUACAUGAGGCACAUUCAUGAGUCGGGGCCCAUAAUCACACACUGCAGCGCAGGCAUUGGUCGCUCAGGAACACUCAUCUGUAUAGACGUGGUUCUGGGUCUCAUUAGUAAAGACGCUGAUUUUGAUAUUUCAGACGUCGUAAGAACCAUGAGACUUCAGAGACAGGGAAUGGUCCAAACAGAGGAUCAAUACAUCUUCUGCUAUCAAGUGAUCCUCUACGUGCUCAGAUGCCUUCAAGCUGAGGAAAACAUCUCAGGAUAGUAGACACCACAUAUCAGCGCCGUGUAGUGGUUGAAUCACUAGAGCAGAGUUGACACAGGCAGGAAUUGCCAAAUUACACGAUAUGUUUUUUUUUAUGCCUUAAAAUAUUCAGUUCCUUUUUAAGAGUAAACCAUUUUAAGAAGUCUAUAUUUUUAUGUUUUGCUUUUUGGGUUUUCUCUCCCUGGCUGCUGCUCCCUUUCAAUGCAUUUAUGAAAACUGCUGAUUGUAUUUCCUAUCAUCACCAGUAGGAGAACACUAAUGGGGUUUUUUGUCAGAUUCUUGGAUAUUUUAAAAAAAUAAUUAUAAAAGUGAUCGAUGAUCUCGUAUUUUAUGUGGAACAAAAUCUUACUUGUGUAUUUUGAAUCCUAUUCUGAUGCUGGAACAUGCCUUGACAGAAUACUAUGUCAGUAUUUGCUUUGUAAAUCUAUUAUACAGUGAUUGCUAACUGCCUGAGGCAAAUGAUGAAAUUAAAAGUGUACAUAUUCAGCUCCUGAAAAUUAAACUGGAUACAUAUUAAAAUGGUUUGUAGCAGAAGGUUUCAUUUAAAGAAAAUCUAAUAUUUCCCUUGUCUUUUGUCACUUUAGGGCUCUUUCUCAGCCCAAAAUGUUACCAGUCGUGCUUUGUACAGAAGUUGCCAUCACAUUCCUAACUUUUACGACACUUGCCAUAAUAUAAAGUACAUAUAAAAACAUUUAAAAAAAUAUACAGCUUCAGCAAGUUUGUUGUCUAUCAAACUCACUGAAGAGUAAGAGACGCCACAGCUUGUCUUGUGCACAUGUAAACGGUUUGAUACUGGUUGGACAAUAGUGAAAUGGAGGCCACUGCUUUUUAAUAUGAAAAUGCAAAAAUGCUGCCUAUGAUGUUUACCUACGCUGAGGCUGUUUGGAAAGUCAACAGAAAAAUAAAUAAAUGGAUAUAGUAUGUGAA